AUGGACGCAUCUGCGGAAACUGCAGUCCUUAGGCGGCAGCUGGAGAAGGCAGUGUCCGCCGAGGACGUGGAGCGCAUCGCCGACGUGCUAGGCUCGCUCGGAAAGGUGGAAGUGACUCUGGCCGUUCUCCAAGAGAGCAAGGUCGGAGCGACGGUUUCAAAGCUCAAGAAACACGCCGACGAAGAGGUUUCCAAAUCUGCGAAGGCUUUGGUCAAGAAGUGGAAGAGGGUAGCCGAAGCGUCGGGGGUGCAGGGUGCUCCUGCCGCGGCCGCCGGCGCUGCUGGGAAGACGGGGAAGUCGCCCCCGGGUUCGGCGGGAAAAGGCUCAGGGGCAUCAAAGCAGGAGGUUCCUAGUCCCUCCGGGGGGGGCGGCGCAGGUCCUAGCUCUGGUACGAACAAGGCGGCGGCGGCGGCGGCGGCGGCGGGAGGCGCGACAGCGGCCACAUCCCCUCUCAAAGGCGCUGUUGGCAAGACUGCAACAAGUUCAACCUCGGAGGCCGUCCCCCUGUCCAGGCAAACCUCCGGCUCUUCCACCUCGGAGCUGUGCACGACCUUAGAAGUGGACAGCAUACUGUCAGACGAUGAACCGGCCCCGUUGCGGUUGAAAAUGAGGCGCAAGAUGUUCGACACCCUGCUCCUGGGGUCAUCGGAGGACGAACGGAUACCGACUGCGCGCGUGGCGAAGGGCGUGGAGUGCGCCAUGAACGAAAACAACCCGUACUUGUCGAAAAAGGCGAGCUAUCUCGACAAGGCCAGGCAGCUGGUAUUUAACCUGAAGAAGAACGACCAGCUAAGGCAAGACGUACGAGAGGGUCUGGUGGAACCGCAGCGAUUGGUGGCGAUGACUUCGACGGAGCUCAUGGCCAAGGAUAAGAGGGAGGCAAUGGAUAAGGCCGUCAGCGAACGGACGGAGGCUCGAAUGUUGGACUGGUACGACAAGAACGAAGACAAGAUCAACAAGCAGUGCGGCAUCAAGGAAACGGAUGGCAUGUUCGAGUGCGGCCGGUGCAAGUCGACCAAGACGACCUACACGCAGAAGCAGACGAGGUCUGCCGAUGAACCGAUGACGACGUUCGUGACGUGCAGCAACUGCAAGAACAGAUGGAAGUUCUGCUGACGCGGCGGCCGUGAUGUUUCGCGGGGGGGGGUGUUGUCAAGUCCUACGGGGUUUCUAUGU